AUGGGGUCCGAUCACCUGCCGAUCUGGACCACCAUCGAGGUGAACCCACCACAGCACAUCCCCAAGAGAGGACGCUUCAACUUCAAGAAGGCCGAUUGGACGGGGUUCAGGUCCACGCUGGACAAGGCUAUGAAGCUCUGGAGCACCGAAGAUGACCUCAGCACACACAAAUUGGACACCCGAUUCACCCAGACAGUGAUGAAAGCGGCAAAAGCAAACAUCCCCUUCGGACAAGGAAACAGAAAGGCACACGCCUUCUGGAACGACAGAUGUCAAGACGCAGCGAGAGACAGGGACGAAGCUCUGAAGAAGGCUACCGCUCCAGGCCACUCUAGGGAGGACGUAGAGAGGUACAAGCUGAAGAGAGCAGAAGCGGACCGCAUCUUCGAGGAGGAGAGACGCAGCUACGCAAGAGAAGAGAUCGCGAACAUGGGCCCAAACGGCGACAUGUGGGGCUUCCUCAAGAGGCUAGAUGGGAGAGCCGAAAUCAUCGCCAUCCCGAAGAAAGGAAAAGAUCCAGCAGACCCGAACUCGUACCGGCCCAUCUCGCUGCUCAGCUGCACCAGCAAGCUCUUCGAGAGGAUGGUCCAGAACAGGCUGCAGUACUGGCUCGAGGACCGACAACUGAUAAACACCAACCAAGCGGGAUUCCGGCGCCUCCACUCGACUAUGGACCAGAUCAUCAGAGUCACUCAGUCCGUUUUCGACGCCUUCGAGAAGCCGAAGCCGGAGCGUGCGGUCCUUGCCCUGCUGGACUUCCAGAAGGCCUACGAUAGGGUGUGGAGAGACGCCCUCCUCGCCAAGCUGGGCCGCCUGGGAGUGCCUGCACACGCGGUCAAGUGGCUCCGUAACUUCUUGAGCGAUCGGAGAGCCAGGGUCAGGUGGGGCAACAGCACAUCAGACUGGAGGGUCUUUCCAGAGGGCCUACCGCAAGGCUCGGUGCUCGCGCCCAUACUAUGGCUGGUGUAUAUCAACGAUGUCGACAAGAACGCCCCAAACGACUCUACCUGGUCUCUGUUCGCCGAUGACGUCGCCAUCCUGGCCACGGGACCGUCCCUGGAGUCAUGUGCGGCGAAGAUGCAACCAGCGCUGGACACAGUCGCGUCGUGGGCCCGGGACUGGAAGGUGCAGGCGAGCGCAUCCAAGUGCUGCUUCACCACCUUCACCCUCGACCCAAAGGAGUGCGGAGGCAAGGUGGUACCGACGCUGAAGUUCUCAGGAGAACCUCUGAGGUACGACCCGAACCCGACCUUCCUGGGCAUCACCUUCGACGACCAGCUAACCUUCAGCAGCCACAUCUCCUCCCUCAAGGACAGGAUGGCAAAGCGCAGACAGUGCCUGCAAGCACUCGCGGGGAAGACCUACGGAGCGCACCGCAGGACUCUCCGAACGGCCUACAUCACCUACAUCAGAUCGGUCUUCGAGUACGGUGCGGCGGUGUACUUCACUCACGCCUCCCCCGCCCUGCGCGCCAAGAUCGAAACUGAACAGAACAGGUGUGCCCGCAUAAUCACCGGAUGCAUCCUCCCGACUAACAGAGCGGCUCUGCUGGCGGAGGCGGACCUCCCCGCCCUGACAGUACGGGCCAAGGAACUGGCAGCUACCGAAGCCAGCCGCAUCGCUCGCCUGCCAGCGGAAGACCGAGCCAAGCAGCUGCUGGAACGAGACCCCCGACCUCGCCUCAAGUACCGCGCGCACGAGGCCUGGAAACGGGCCUGCGCACAAGCUGCCGAGGAGGGUCGACCGGAGCCAGCCCUGCCGGAUGAAGACGCCCUGCUGCCCCACAAGCCAUGCAUACGCAGAGUGGGCCAGUGGACUCUGAGGGAGGCGGGAGUGUCGGACUGCCCAGCGGAGCCGUUCCUGAGGGUGUCACCGGAGCCGCCGUGGUCGGCCCAUCAGGGGUCAGUGACCUUCAUCGUGGACCUACCAACCACCACGCGGCGGACAGACCCACCUGACAAGAGGAGAGAGGCGGCAGAGCGCGCCCUGGCCGCCCUGCCCGCGCCAGACUGCUCCAUAUGGAGUGACGGCUCGGCGGCCGGAGGCACGUCCAACGGAGGAGGAGGAGCGGCCAUCAUCCUACACCGGGAGAACGACCGCAGGAUCGAGUGUCUGGCAGCUGCAGGCACCCACUGCAGCAGCACCAGGGCGGAGCUGGUGGCAGUCCGGGAGGCACUGAAGUCCCUGGCGAGCCUGCCGGCCGACUCCCUAGACGCCAUCAAGGAGAUCCGCCUCUGCACCGACUCCAGGGCGUGUCUACAGACGCUCCAGCGCGGGCAGGUAGCCCAACAGGAGGAGCUACCGGCGAGCAUCUGGGCCUCUCUCCAUGACCUCACGUGUUCCGGGAAGCACGUCACCCUCCAGUGGGUACCGGGGCACGCUGGCAUCCCUGGUAAUGAGGACGCCGACAGGCUAGCCAACCGAGCCGCGGCAGAGCUAAGCCAGGCAGCGGUCCCGCUGGACAUGGCCGGCGCCCGAGCGGCGAUACGCCACAGAUCCGCCGAGUGGACCGCAGCCCGAGCCAAAGCUCAUCCUCACCUACCGCCCACGCCCGGACACGAGGACCUGACCAGGUGGGAGCAGGUGACACUGUCUCAACUGAGAGUGGGAAGAUCAGUGCUCACAAGGAAGACUCUCCACGAGAUCGGUCUUGCGACAAACCCCGACUGUCUGAACUGCGAGGAGGAAGACUCGGUAGCACACUUGCUGACCGAAUGCCCAGCGUACGCCCACAUGAGGUCCCGCCUGUGGGGCGGACCUCUGCCGAGCCUGGGGCAUGUGCUGGGCGGAUCAGCGACUCUCAUCUUCGAGUACCUGCGGCGGGUGGGCCGUGUCGACCCCCCGGUCGACGCUGCCACGGCCGUGGCCGCCCCGGCGGCCACGGCGUGA